CCAUCGGAGGCGCAGCGGCCUCAGAGGACGCGCCCCCCCUUGCUUUCGCAGUCUGCAGAGGGCCAAGCACCACACCCGCGCAGGGCGAUGUGCACCGGCGCGUGUGCUCUGCACGCCGCGCCGUGUCGAGUCCGACGUGAAGAAGGGCAAUCGGCCUUGUUCGACCGCAACAUCACGAACAGCCGCGCCAUGAUGUGCACCGUGUUGAUCCUCAGAAUCGGGAGCAACCAGGGGAUGGGUGACGUCGGCUACGACAAGAGCUACGACAUCUACGUCCCGCCGCAGCACCUGCGCUUGUUCGACGGGCCUGGCCUGGUGGCCGACACCAUCAUCAAACCGAACCUCUCCCGCGAGACGCUGCAGCAGAACAAGAUCGUGCGAGCGAUCAAGAAGAAUCUCGUCAAUAAGUGCCUCGAUAAGUUUGCGGAGAUCGCCGAGAAGAAGGACGACUACAAGAAGUUCCACGAGCAGUUCGGCAAGCGCCUCAAGCUUGGCGUGCACGAAGAUUCCACCAACCGCACCAAGGCCGCGGAGCUUAUGCGCUACCACACUUCGAAAUCUGGAGAUGAGAUCAUCAGCCUGAAGGAGUAUGUGGACCGCAUGAAGGAGGGGCAGAAUGACAUUAACUACAGUACGGGGGAGAGCAUCGCAGCGGCGUCGUCCUCGCCUUUCCUGGAAACGCUGCGCAAGAAGGGUCUUGAGGUCCUCUACAUGACCGAACCCAUCGAUGAGUACUCCGUGCAGCAGCUGAAGGAGUUCGACGGCAAGAAGCUCAAGUCGACGACUAAGGAAGGUUUGGACCUCGAGGACGAGGACGAGAAGAAGAAGAAGAAGUUGGAGGAGCUGAAGGCGGAGUUCGAGCCGCUGACAAAGCUGAUGAAGGAGGUGCUGGGCGACAAGGUGGAAAAGGUGGUUGUCAGUUCGCGCAUGGCGGACUCGCCCUGCGUGUUGACCACGCACGGCCUGCAGCCGAAGCCUUUCGUCGAGGCCUGCUAUGGCUUCUGGCAGGACGGCGACUUCAUAAAUAACGACGAGCCCCUGAGCAACGUUCUGCCAGAUGAACAUGAUAGCGCAAGCCCUCCGGCAUUACUGCAUGCACUCCUACAUGGCGUCCAACAAGAUUCUCAUCAUUGGCUUCCAGAGGGGGCGGGCAAGCUCAUGGGCAUGGCCUUCCGCGUGCCCACCAUCGACGUGUCGGUCGUUGACCUCACCUGUGAGCUGGAGAAGGCGACGACCUACGAGGAGAUCUGCGCCGAGAUCAAGAGGCGCUCCGAGGGCGACAUGAAGGGAUACUUGGGCUACUGCGACGAGGCUCUCGUGUCCACCGACUUCGAGACGUGCCCAUCUCCAGCACCUUCGAUUCCAAGGCGGGCAUCAUGCUGGACCCCACGUUCGUGAAGCUCGUGGCCUGGUACGACAACGAGUGGGGCUAUUCGUGCCGUGUCGUUGACCUGAUCAAGCACAUGGCCAAGGUCGACGGGGCGUAGGAUGUAGGACGGUGCCCGCCGUAUCCUCACUGUGCAGUCGCUGUCUCAUUUUUUUCUCCUAUACGGGCGUACGCAGAGCGCAGGGCGCAUCCACCGCAUGCCUGCCCCCUCUUGAGGAGAUCGUGGGCGCCGCCAACGAGGCAUCGAAGAUGCCACGGCCAUAUUUGCAUCUUUUUUACGUUAAGUGACUCGGGCACCCGCUCGCCUGCGUGUAAUGGAUCUCUGAAUUACUUGCGACUCGGAUCGGCCACCGCCAGUCUUUCGCAAGCACCCGCUCGCAUGCAAGCUAGAUACACGGUCUCUGGCUGUGCGUCGAAGCGCCCCGAGUGCACUCGCCCCACGCGGGUUUAUCGGGACAUGACUCUGUUAUGCUCUCUGCGACGGACCACCAAUUGCAUACUUGGUCCUGCUGUCGAGGGAAC